AUGUCCAGUGCUUACUAUUUCAGAAAAUGGAAAAACGUCCUUCAAAGUCUGAAUACAAUAGUAAAUCUCGAUUUGGAAUAUCAGGAUACGAAGGCUCAUGAUCAGAAGUGGUGUGAUGCCGUGGAACGUCUAUCGGGAAUACUAGGAACUUACAUAGCUUGUUACAAUGACGCUGUCGAAUGUUUGCACCAGAAUUUACAAAUACAGAAAACUUUAUAUAUGUCUAAUAUUGUUGAUGCCAUCGUUGCUAGGAUUCUGGAACUUAAAGAACAGUUACGAAAAUUAGAAGGUUCGUGUUACCAAUUCUUAGGUAACAGUUUAUUCGACCAUAAAUUAACGUCCUAUGAUGUAGAAUUCUCGAAAUUGUCAAAACAACACAAAAGAUCAGAAGACAUAGAAGAGGCUGUGAAUGAGGCUUGGCAAAAAGCUAAGAAUAAGUCUGAAGAAACGAUAGUAAAUACAGAAGAAGAAAGACCGAGCGAAAAUAUAACAGAAAAGCUGAAAUGGUGGGACGACGCUGAAACUUUGCCUGAGGAGGACCAUCAAGGAAUAAACAUGACGAAAAUUUAUGAAGUGGCUGAGAAGAUAUCAGAGGAAAGUUUAGAGAGAAAGAAAAUGAUCGCUUUGAUACAAGCCCAUGAAAAAACUAGACAAGUAACUAAACUAUGUACACAACAGAAACAAAGACGAGAACUAUGGGAGAAAGAAUUAAAAGGAAUUUUGAACCCUCCUGCAAGAAAAGUUCUGAGAGAAAGAAGUGCGAAGAUCGUACAAACUGUGAUGAGAUCAUACUUCAAGAUUAAGAGAGAAAAACUGAAGCUUUACAAACGGGAAGAGCUUUUGCAAAUGAGAUUGUGUGAGAAACCAAAGAACGAGUAUAUACAAAGAUAUAAAGAAAUAGAACAAAGAAACUUUGAAACUUAUCAAAGAUACAAGAAUGAAUGGGAAAGGGACUGUGAAGAAUAUAUGACAGAUUUCAAGAAACGACGAGGUGAUGAAAUAGCCGAAGACUUUAGAGACUGUAUCAGAGCCUGGUUUGAAAAGUGGUAUUACGAAGCAAAAUUUUUCUAUGAUAUUCCAAAGGAGAACCAAGGAGGUGCUCUAUUGAUAGUUAAGGAAGAGAUCCCAACUCCUUCUGAGUGGUUAGAAAAGUAUGAAGCUUAUUUAGAAGAAAAAAAAGCUAACAAAAAUAAAACCGCUCUCCAGCUUAAAUAUGAAAAGCUAGCAGCCAAAGAAGAGGAAAUGAUGUUGAAGAGGGAGGAAUUAAAGAAAAAGAAAAUAGAGGCUGAGUUACUUAAGAAAAUUAUGAAAAAUCCGACCCUACAUCCAGGGUAUAACUAUCCUUUAUCGAAAAAGAUUAAACAUUUAUGCGAGGCUCUUGAGAAGUACGACAAAGAUUGGUCUGAUUUGGAUUUUGAAGAAAAUAUAGAUGUGAAAGAAAAAUAUGUUAAAAAUAUUAAUGAAGAUUAUUUAUGUUCGGUCGCUAAAACAGAAAUAUGCACUGAAUCAGGAUUACACAUGAGGGAUGAACUAAAAAUAUUGAAGAAGUCUUUGGCCGAAGAAUAUAAGAACAACGAAGAGAUAAUGCCAACUAAAAUCCCUGAAAAAUUGCAUCGCACAAAGAAAACUCGUAAAAUAAAACCACAAACAGGAGACAUUAGUGACAAACUUCUUGAUUUAGCUGAAAAAGAUGUCCUUAAAGAAUAUCCAAAAACGAAUUUCGCUGACUUUUUAGGUGAUUUUAAUUACGCUGGAGAUGAAAUGAGAUGUUCCUUGAGAUCUCCACUACCAUUUGGUGGAGAAACUAGAACAAUUUGGUGGGAAAGAUGCAGAGAAGUUAUGCACGGGUUUAGAAAGGUUCUUUUAGUGGGGCCAAGGGACAGUGGAAAAACAACUUUAGUUCACAUAAUGGCCACUGAAUGCGAUGCGAUUUUAUACGAGUUGGAUCCAUUACAAAUCGCCGUAGAGGAUCAAACGGCAGAACAUUUGAAACAACUUAUUAAUGACACAGCAGCCUGCGCUAAAGUUACACAGCCGUCUGUCAUACACAUAAAACAUAUUAACUUAUUGUUCGCUUCAAAGGAUUACGAUAAGUAUGUGAAUUGGUACAAUAACAAUACUUACUGGGGUGUUAUGGAAAGAAAACAUUUAGAGGACCGCUUACAGUUUAAAGCUCGGGUCGAUGAAUGGAACGAGAAGACGAAGAAAAAAAAACAACGAAAUAAAGCGAAGUAG